AGGCUACACGGUGGGAGUGCUCCUAACUUGCAAAAAAUGGCAAUUCGUCUUCUUCAUCAAACAUCUUUAUCAUCCGGCUGCGAGAGGAACUGGAGCCUCUUUGAACAAAUCCAUUCAAAGAGGAGGAACCGAUUAGAGCAUCAAAGGCUAAGUGACAUUGUUUAUGUCACUUAUAAUCUACGCCUUCAAUCUAGAAUGCAUCGCAAGAAGAAGAAUUAUGAUCCAAUUGACAUUCAAAGCAUUGACAUAGUAGAUUUUUGGGUAAUGCCGGAUGAAGAUGAUCCUGAAUUUACUAAUGGAGACAUCGACGGCAUUGAAAAUUUAAUUUAUACGGAUAAUGCUAUGCCUUCAUAUCCUAAAGAUGGAGGAGAUGUGAAACUUGAUGUGGAUUUCCCUAAUGUUGCUGAUUCUUCAAAUACAGCUUCUUUUGGUGGUACUUCUGAUGAUGGUGGCUUUGGAUUACCUGUUUAUGAUGGAGAUGUUGGAACACUUAAUGAAAAUUAUUAUUUUUGAUGAGUUGCACCUUUGAUUAGUUGAAAACUUGCUAGUAAUUGUAUCUUUUGAAUGUAGAACAUUAUGGGUUUGUCAUUAUGUACGUUUUAUUUUUUGUUUAGUUAUAAACUUUGAUGUUUGAA